UUCCUCCUGGAAUGACUAUGUUCUCCUGCAACACCAGCACUUCUGGUCACUCUAUCUUCCUCCUCACUGGCUUUCCAGGCCUGGAAGCCUCUCAGCAUUGGGUUUCCAUCCCCAUCAACCUCAUCUGUGUGGUUUCUAUCCUGGGUAACAGUAUUAUCCUCUUCCUGAUCCGUACAGAUCCAGCAUUACAUGAACCCACGUAUAUCUUCCUGUCCAUGUUGGCAGCCUCUGAUCUGGGCCUCUGUGCCUCCACUUUCCCCACCAUGGUGCGGCUUUUCUGGCUGGGUGCUCGAGAGCUUCCCUUUGAUCUCUGUGCAGCACAGAUGUUUUUCAUCCAUGCCUUCACCUAUGUGGAAUCUGGGGUGCUGCUGGCCAUGGCCUUUGAUCGUUUUAUUGCCAUCCGUGACCCUCUGCACUAUGCCACACUACUUCCCCACUCAGCAGUGGGCAAAGUGGGUGUUGCUGUUCUGGUAAGGGCUGUUCUGCUCAAUCUCCCUGGACCCAUCCUCCUGCGGCGUCUGCUCUUCCCCCAGAUCAGUGCACUGUCUCAUUGCUAUUGCCUGCAUUGUGACCUUGUGGGAUUGGCCUGCUCGGACACCCAGACCAACAGCUUGAUUGGCCUGGUCUCCAUCCUCCUCUCCUUGGGCCUUGACUCCUCUCUCAUCAUGCUCUCAUACGCCCUGAUCUUACGGACUGUGAUGAGCAUUGCAUCUUCUGGGGAACGGCUCAAGGCACUCAACACGUGUGUGUCACACCUCUGCAUUGUUCUCAUCUUUUAUUUGCCCAAACUGGGACUGUCUGUGUUACAUCGAGUGGAGAAGCACAGCUACCCUGCCCUAGCUGUACUCAUGGCCAACCUGCACUUCUUGGUUCCACCCUUCAUGAACCCCAUUGUGUACUGUAUCAAAUCUAAGCAGAUCCGUCAGAGCCUCCUAAAGCGCUUUCAGCAGAAGAGGGUUGAUAUUUCCUGGAAUAGAAGGACCUGGUGGCACAUGAAAAGAGUGUGCCACUUGUGGGUCUGA